AUGUUCUCCGAUGCCUUCUCUAGGAGCUUCAUCUCCUCAAACUUGCGACUGCUGAGGCCUCUCGUGCCCCCGUCUCGAACCUUUACAAGCUACAAGCAACCUAUUCCACGACCGAUUGCGUGUUGCACGGCGAAGAUGGACGACCUCGACCCAUCGCUGGGUCAUAUUGACCUGAACUCGAUGGAAGGAGUGCAGCCAGAUAUCGUCUCGCCAAUUCACGAAGGCAACGCACCGAUUCACGGCGGCAGUGGCGAUGAUGACGCCGACCCGAUGGGCGGGAUUGCUAUGAACAACAUCAACAGCUCGAAUGGUGCCAACGCUUUGAACAUUGCGGCUGCUGCAAACGGAGCAAGCGAGAUGGGCAAUUCUGAUGGCGAAAAUGACGAGAGCGGUCACGAGAACGCCCAAGACAGCGACAACGACGCCGAUGAAAGCAACCAAGUCCCUGAGAUCCACUCCGAGAUUGCCAGCGACUCGGAAAACGAAGCGCUUGGCCCUGGUUUGAACCAGUCUCAGAUCCAGGCGCUGGAGAGGAUCAAGGACAAGUCACGCCGCCGCCGGGAACUCCUCGUGACGUUCCACGAUCAGAACCAAGUGCUCGCAGGCACGAUCAGGGACCUCCGCAGAGAGAAGAGAGAGCUCCAAAAACAGCUGAACAAUUCAAAGCCCCGUCGUCGUACCCGGGAGACUUGGCGAACCCGUCUCCAUAGACUUCACAUAGGAAACCCACACCCGCUCUACGGUACCUACGAGGCGGUAUACAAACUAGCUUGUCGGGAAAGCAACACGGCCCCCCAUCCGCAGCGAGUGCACCCAGAUCUCGUUCUUGUUUCGCAGCAGCAGGCUCCCGUGAUACCAUCGACAGGCCCAUCGGCCUAUUACACGGGGCCAAAUCCUCUUCCUCUCGGUGUAAUUUCCCGCAUUCUGCGCUUCGCGUUGUACUUCCCAGGUGAGGUCGUUCAUGCGCUCUCGCGUCUGGACUCGGAAGAGGAGCCCCGAUCACAGCAACACGCCCGGGAGUAUUCCCUGCUGCAUCGCUUCCACGUGGGCGAUUCUGCCGUGAGCCUCACGUACAGCGCGGGUCCGAGACUGCAUCGCCUGCAGCACAUCGAGAUUCUGUGGACAGGCUCGCAGUGGCUGACAUAUCCCAUCGCCGAAGACGGACCAAAGAAAUUCACCUCGCGCCGCACUCGACCGCUGAUGCACUUCACGCAAAUGCCAAGGCUGAGGACCCUGGUGGUUCACCUGCAAGAGGGUGUCAGCGCUACCUUGGACAACCGUUCCAGGUAUACACGGCGCAACUACGAGCCGCGGCAGGUGAUGCGAUUCCUGCAAGCCAGGACAGCUGGACAGGAUAACAUCAGGCUCUCCCGGAAUCUACGCGGCCUGCAGGGGAUCGACAACAUCAGACUCCUUCGGGGCAUGGAGUCUGUGCAGUUUCUGGAUUGGGAUCGCUGGUUUGUGGAACGAGUGCGUGCGCCCGUCAAGGACCAGUCAUUCCAGGACGACAUCAACAGAGUUGUCCUGCUACCAAAGACGAGUCGAGAAGCAGCCAGGUCGGCUCUGAGGCGCUUGGCGCCUCUCAAUCGCCAUUGGAGUCCUUCUGAGGAACACUGGCAGCUGCUCCGCGCAGCUUGCCCAGGGCUGGGUCGAAGAUCGUGCGCCGUAGUGCCAGUCCGCCCAUCGCCAGCACCCACCUUGCGGUCAAACGGUACCUCGAUCAAUACCGCCAUCAUCCUGCCUGAUUCGUCAGACGACACCGAUUCCUCAGACGAGGAAAGCGAUGGCUCCAGCUCUCGUGGAAGCAACGGCAGUGGCUCCUCAAGUUCGGGGUCUAGUUCAGACGGUGACGAUUCCUCCGGCGGUAACACGCAUGGCGCUUCUAGCUCAGGCCCAAGCCUUUCAGGGACCGCCACCAGAACGCAUAGUGACGGGUCUAGCCCCAGUUAUGCUGUCAUGGUUGACUUGACUGGCGGCAGUGAUGAGGAAAUGGACGAUGCUCCCGGCAGCAGCCACGGAGUUGACGGAGACGGGGACGUGGACAUGCCUGACGCCAGGGACACCAGUCAAGGAGGACAAGAGGAGUCACUGUUCGUGCCCGAUCCUUCGUUUAGACAGGCUUCAGUGGCUUCGGGUCAUGCCAGAUCAUCGGGUGGACCUCAAGCGUUUGCUGGCUCCGUUAUCGGCAGUAGUAAUGGCAGCGGGGGGACUCACUCGGGCGAGAGCAGCCUGUUUGUCAGAUCGGAGUCCACAAUCGAUUUGACUGAAGACACCGACACUGAAUAG